AUGCUACAAAACAAACGUAGUGUGAUACAGAUAAAGAACAAUGACGAACUAUGUUGUGCACGCGCCAUUAUAACAGCGAUUGCGCAAAUAGAGAAUCAUCCACAGUGGAACAGCAUAAGCCUGGGUCGUGCGAUACAGGGACAACUUGCAGAGACUUUGCAUCAAAAGGCGGGUGUUCCAUUACAAAGAUGUGGCAUUGAAGAAGUGAAGAAAUUCCAAGCUGUAUUACCCAACUAUCAAAUCCAUGUGUUGUCAAAGGAGCACUUCAAUGGUAUUAUAUAUGACGGCGUGGAAGGCGGUGAACCCAUUUAUCUCUAUUAUCACGAUCAACAUUUUGACGUUAUCACCAAGAUGACUGGAUUUUUAAACCGAAGUUACUUCUGUGAAAGUUGUAAGAAGGGUUAUUCUAACAAAGAGAAACAUUAUUGUAACAAUCCAUGUGUUUACUGCCACCAGUUACAUUCAGAGGAAGAGGACAAAUGGACAUUUUGUUCCAAAUGUAACAGGAAUUUCAAGAGUGACGUGUGUUUUAAAAUGCAUUUAAAGACAAGUGAUGCGGGCAAAAGUACGUGUAUUACUUACUUCGAAUGCGAGAAUUGUGACCAAACUAUUAAUAUGGAUAGACACAAGAAAGCGCAUGUGUGUCAUGAAGUUUAUUGCAAAACUUGCAAGGAUUUUGUCACAGAAGACCACAUGUGUUAUAUGCAGCCAGUAAUAGAAAACACUUCGUCAUGCGAACGGAACAAAAUUAAAAAGGACAAGGUUGCUUCAUACAUAUUUUUCGAUUUUGAGUGUACGCAGGACGAACGAUUGCAAUGUGAACAAGGAUACACUAAAGGACAGAAUGGCAAAUGCGGGAACUGCAAUAAGUCUUGGUGCGGUUCUUUUGAACACAGACCGAACUUUUGUGUCGCCCAGAAAGUAUGUGGAAAAUGUCUGCAAAACCCAGUAUCACCACAGUCAACUUGCCACGCAUGUGGUAAAAAUGAACAAGUGUUUCGAGGAACGGAGACUACAGAUACCUUUUGCAAGUGGCUGUUCUCAGAGGAAAAUGCAGGAGCCACUGUCAUUUGUCACAAUUUUAAAGGGUAUGACAGCUAUCCUAUUCUCCAAUAUCUCAAUGACAAUGCCGUCCUGCCGAAAGUGAUUACGACCGGCUCCAAGUACAUGUCGAUCGAGGUACCUUGCUGUAACAUUCGGAUGAUAGAUUCCCUUAACUUCAUCCCAAUGGCACUUGCUGCUAUGCCGGGGUCUUUUGGUGAAACAGAAUUGGCCAAAGGGUACUUUCCGCAUUUGUUUAAUCGUAAGGAAAACCAACAAGUUAUAUUACCCUGCCUACCGGACCUCAAGUAUUACACGCCGGACAGCAUGAAGCCAGAGGCUAGACAAGCUUUCCUGAACUGGUAUACCGAAAACAAAAACACCGUGUUUGACUUUCAGAAAGAAAUCUUACGUUACUGCCGAUCCGAUGUGGACAUUUUAAGAAAGUGUUGCCUGAAGUUCAGGUCUUCGUUUAUGGACUUAACCAAAAAGGGGGACAAUAAAGUAAUAGAUCCUUUUGAGAAGUGCAUUACGAUUGCUUCAGCAUGCAAUCUCGUGUUUAGGACAAACUUUCUUGCUCACGAGAGCAUAGCUAUUAUUCCACCACACGGGUAUCGACCGGAAGAAAAACAGUCUGUAAUGGCUUACCAAUGGUUAGCAUACAUCUCACACCAAAAUGAAAUUAACAUUCAGCACGGUAGAAACUAUGGUGAGAAACAGAUAGGCCCAUACAAGGUAGACGGCUAUUACGAAGAAAAUGGCGACAAAUUAGUACUCGAGUUUCAUGGGUGCUUCUGGCACGGGUGUCCAAAAUGUUUUUCCAAGACAACACUUAACCCAGUCAGCAACCUAAGCAUGGGUGAAUUGUACAACAGAACGAUGGAAAAGAGAGCAUUUAUUGAGGAACAGGGUUUCAAAUAUGAAUGUAAAUGGGAGUGUGAUUUCAAGAAAGAAAUGGAUACAAAUGAUGAAAUGAAAGACUUUAUUCAUGCUUUGGAAUUUGUAAGCCCAUUAGAACCACGAGAUGCUUUCUUUGGUGGACGAACGGAAGCUUUUAAAUUGUAUGAAGAGGCUACCGCCGAUAAACAAAUAAAGUACUACGAUGUUACAUCACUUUACCCCUGGGUAAACAAAACGGGGAAAAUACCUCUGGGACAUCCACAAAUUAUAACAGAAAACUUUCAAAAUAUUUCCGCGUAUGAAGGCCUCAUUAAAUGCAAGGUUAUGCCACCUAAAUCUAUCCACAUACCCGUCUUACCUAUGAAGUGUAAUGGAAAGCUGAUGUUCAGUUUAUGUCGCCUGUGCACUGAGACCUAUCAACAAGAGAAAUGUCUUCACAGUGACACUGAGAAAGCGUUCGUUGGUACGUGGGUUACCGAUGAGGUAAAAGAAGCCGUGGCACAAGGAUACACCAUAGAACAUAUCUAUGAAGUGUGGCACUUUGAUGAGGUCUCCCAGUAUGAUCCAGAGACAAAACAGGGUGGCCUUUUCACCGAGUAUGUAAAUACAUUCCUCAAAAUAAAACAGGAGGCGAGUGGUUGGCCAGACUGGUGCGUGAAUGAGGAAACAAAACAAAGAUAUAUUAAAGAGUACUACGAAAAAGGAGGCAUUCUACUCGAAUAUUGUAAAAUCGUUAAGAAUCCAGGGUUGCGUUCACUAGCCAAGUUAAUGCUUAAUUCUUUUGGGGAAAGUUUGGACAGCGAACAAAUCUCACGCAAUCAUCCUAUAUAUCUGACCCUCUUGAAUUCUUCGAUAUGA